AGUCAUCGCAUGCAGUCAGCGCGAGCGCACACACACAGACACGCGCAGUCCGCCGAACAUACCACAGCGCAGACCAUGGCUGCUACUCUGCUAGGGGAGGAGCCCCGGCUAGGCAGCACACCGCUGGCCAUGCUGGCCGCCACCUGCAGCAGGAUCGGUGACCCCAGCCCCUCGUGCUCCCCCGCUCUGUCCGAUGGAGCCCCGGGGCUCGUCGGGGGCUUCCGCCCGUGGAGGGGGAGCGCCCCGGCCGCCAGCAGCCUAGGUGCCUGCCUCACUUCGCUCGGGGUUCCCUCUGGAAACUCCAGGAGUAACGGGUCCGGAUUAACGGAGACUUCCAGCGCUUUCUCGGUGACCACCGCCAGCUCUCCUUUUGGAAGUGAUUAUUCGAUGUACCAGACCGCUGUGCCAUCAGACAACACUGUUCCCGAUCCCGCACACGCACAGCGGUCUGUGUUUCUGACCAAAUUCCCCUCCUCGGUGGAAGGGUUAGCCGGGGUAUACCCGCGGAUGCACGCGCAUCCCUAUGAGUCAUUGUUCAAGCCAGUGGGAGAUGUCGGUAACGGGACCGCUGCUUGGUGGGACAUGGGAACCAGCUGGGUCGACACACAGAGCCCAGGAGGGUUGUCCUCUCCUCUGAGCGGCUACAGCACUGACUACAGCCCCGCCUUCGGCCCCGGUGCCUCUCAGCACCUGCUCCCCGCCACGCAGCACCUGUUUGACGGCUUCAGACCUCCUGUCCCGGCUCCGUACACAGAGUCUACGACGACGGGGGCAUCUGCGCUGACAGGAAACCCCGUCGUUUCUCUGCCCGCAUCUUCCCGCUCCUCGUCACGGCGGUACUCAGGCAGAGCCACGUGCGACUGCCCGAACUGCCAGGAGGCGGAGAGCCUUGGCCAGGGGGGCACGAGCCCGCGGCGGAGGGGCUUGCACAGCUGCCACAUCCCGGGUUGUGGUAAGGUUUACGGCAAAACCUCUCACCUGAAGGCUCACCUGCGCUGGCACACCGGGGAGAGGCCGUUCGUCUGCAACUGGCUCUUCUGCGGGAAACGCUUUACGCGCUCCGACGAGCUCCAGCGGCAUUUGCGCACGCACACCGGCGAGAAACGGUUCGAGUGCUCCGUUUGCCACAAGCGGUUCAUGCGCUCCGACCACCUCAGCAAGCACGCGAGGACGCACAACGCGGACGGCUCAGAGGAGUGCGGGGAGCCGGGACUCGGCAAGGGGAGCAGCGACACGGACAAUAGCCUGUCUGGUAGCCCGAGCCAGUCACCCGGGCUACACGUGCGUGAAAGCGGCCCCCAAACCACCGAGGGACAGAGUGCGGUGGAAUAAUUUACAAACACGAGCAAAGCAACACGUGGGCAUUUGACCUCACUGUGCCAGCCUGUAUGGAGUGUGUUUUCUUGGACACUUAGAAACUGAAAUGGCACUUUAUGAUGAACCUCAGCUGUGGAUGAACACUGUGUCCUUACCUCAUCUAUGUUGUUUGUUGCCUUCUUUAAAAAUAAAUUUUUACUCUACAGUCGAUCAGACUUGUGUUAUUUGAAGACAUGUCGUAUCCUAAUUUAUUCAAAGAGUAUUUUUUGUUUAGAAUUAAAUCAGUAGCCGGCUGUAUCUUUCUGUGGGUCAUUCUCUUGACACCAUCGCGAUAGAUUUUGAUUUGAAGUUAUGCCAUACAGGCUAUUUUAAAAUAUGUUUGGGUACAAGAAUAAAUCGCUCUAAUUUAUCUC